GUCGUCAUCUCCGGUUAGGGAGGGGUUGUACUAGGGUUGGCGCGGCAGGAGAACAACACAGGAUACAGCGAAACAGCACUGGGAACAGAAUUCAACACUUUCCUUCGGACCCCAGGUGGACUUGCAUGGAGAAUUUGUAAGCAGUUAACAACAUGGAAUCCCGUUAUCUUGAUGACCUGUAUGGUGACUUUGGCCAAGGCAGUUCUGAUUCGCCUGUGGCCUGUGACGACAGCUCCUUGGAUAUUUACUCUGGGCUGGACCAUGAAAACAGUCCCAGAUGCAGCUCAAAUGCAGAAAAAUGUGCCAACCUCUUUUCACCUCUGAAGACUAAAGAUUCUUUUGAUUUAUAUGAAGAAGUACUUGCCGAAGAAAGGAAGGAGAGGGAAACCUCAUACAGUGAGUUGCUGGUGAAGCUGGAGAAAACUCAGAUCCAUGUUAAAGAAUUACUUUGCAAACUACAGGAAAUGCAGAAUCAGAACAUUGGUCUGAAUAAUGAAAAUAUGCUUCUAAAAAAGAACAUAUCUGCACUUAUCAAAACAGCCCGGAUGGAAAUUGUACGCAAGGAUGAAGAAAUCGGCAGACUUCAACAGAGAAGUGGGAGGGGUGGAUUUAAUCAGUAUUGUCCUCGGUCUUCAGCUAACUUUCAGAGGUAUGCGAACACCAGGCAAGGGAACACAGACAGCCCAAGUGGAGGGGGAGGUUCCUCUAAUGACGCAUCGCAGGGAACCAGGAAUACAUGUAUUCAGAGUGCUGGAGCAAAUAACACGAGCCAGCUGCCAGGGAAUGCAGCUACUGGAACUGCACAAGAAGACUCUUCAGCUCACGUGCCAGUCCGUCAGAACAGAAUACCAUCCAGUCAUGAUGUAUUGGGAUCUGAUAAACCAGUCCUGUGUUCUAGUGACAAUUAUGUCAAUGAUUCUAGAGACAUGGAACACUUGUGCAGAGAGGCAGCUGGGAAAGUCCACAAACGGGCUAUCAAGUCCUAUAUGGAAACUACUGCAAAGCAACUGACUGUUACUGAAAAACGGACAUCAGAGUUCCAGGAGAGCAGAGAAAGGAAGCUCAGAUACCAGGAGGAACGAAAUCACAACAUUAGGAAUGGCAUCUGUGGUAAAAAAGAGGAAAGGUCAAGAGAGAGGGAGACGGCAGGAAGAGAGUUUAAAGAGUCUGAAAAAGAUAGGGAAAAGCAAAGCCGAUGGAGAAGUGCGCAUACGGAGAGAGAGCAGCAGAGGAGAUCUGGGAAAGGGAAGAGUCCUCCACACUCAAAGAACCGAAGUCCUCAGCUGGAGAGUUCAAGACAUCUAUCUAGCGAAUUGGAUAGUUCAAAAAAUCGUCAGAAAGAUAGUGAGCUGGUAAGCAGGAGCAGUCGGCGGGAUCCGAAACACAGUCAAGACCAGGAAAGGUCAGAAAAGAGAGCCCCAGAGUCCAGCAUAAAAGAAGGAAAGCACGCCAGCAGUUCCUUCAGAAGCCGACACGGGGACAAGUCUGUGACUUCUUCAAGCAGAAGGGAAGAGAUGAGCCCCACCAGAGACAGACACAGAAAAGAAGAGCGGAGGAGAGAAGAGGAGAAGAAAAGAAGCAAGGGAGACAAAAGUAAAGAGGAGAGAAGGAAAGAUGAGGGUAAAAGGAAAGAAGAAAAAAAGAAAGGGGACAGCAAAAGAGAAGAGAAAAGGAGGCAUGAGGAAACAAAGUUUAAUUCCAGUGUCUGCAGAAGAGACUCUGAACCCAGAAAGAAGUCUGCAAAUCAAGACACACAUGCAGAGUCUGAAGAUAGAGUUCAGAUCCAGGGUAGCACAGUGCCAGAACUUGCAGUCAAUGAUGGUCAACUAGGCCAGGAAAACAACAUAGUGGAAAAUGGCAGGAAUAGGAAACUGUGUUUCAUGGAAACGCUUAAUCUCACACUUUCACCUGUGAAAAAACCAAAGAUGUCCACCGGAGAAGGGGAGCUCGAAAAGAGGCUUUCUGGAGAGGGAGAGUUGGCAGGUGAUGGUGGGGAAGCUCGACAGUCAGAUAUUUUUGGUGAUGGAUAUGUUGUGCUAGAUGAGGCUGAAACAAGCAGCGAAUCAUCAGAACAGGAUAAAGAGGUUUCAGAGGUUCUCAAUGUUCCUUCUCAAAAGACACAUUCAAACUGUGUCACAGGAAAUGAUUUGGAGAGUCUCCCAGCCGCUAAUGAUGCAGAUAGUGAAAAGAUCCCAUUCCCUCUUAAUAUGAUGGAGCAAGAUGUAUCUUUAAAAGAAAUUGUACAAGUAGAUACAGAAGUAGAUGCUGCUGUUGUGGAUGUAGCUAUCCAAGCUUUGGCAGCAGACUGUGGUCCUAUAAAAGCUGAACUAACCAAAGAACCAGAAGUGUGUGCGACAACUGUCAACACAGCGACCUGUGAUGGUAUUGUGCAAGCUCUUGGUGCUGUUGUAGGUGCUGAGGCCCACAAUGAUACUGAUGUCCGCCAUGUUACCAUAGUUAGUGAGGCCCAGAAAUUGAUUGGAAAUGACAAGACCCUUGAUAAGUCAAAUACUGAAUCUCCCAUUGUGACCUUAGAGGCUGAAGCCUGUAAAAUGACUACAGAUAAUGAAAAUCACAUAGUUUUAGACAUUACUGUGGGCAGCAUUGCUCAUAGCAUUACUGUAGAUACACACAGUGACAUUACUACUGACACUGGGGUCUAUGACAUUAAUGUUCAGUCAAAACACAAGAGCUGUACAGCAGAAGCAGAGGCCCAGGCUGUUACCAUCGGUGAUGUGGCCAAUACUGUUAUAAACACAGCAUCCCAAGAUGUUACCAUAGACACAGAGUCAAAUAAUAGUUCUACAGAUUUAGUAUCCAGUACUGACACCAUAGAAACAGAACCGCAAAGUUCUGACUACUCUGUGAUACAUGAAAACAAUUUAAAAAUAACUCAAAAUUCCAGUUACGAGGAAGACUUCACAGCUGAAGGAAAAUCUGAAAAUUCAGACAUGGAUACAAGUUCACGGUGCAAUCGGACGAAAAACAAUUUGAUAAAAAGAAGCAGCAAAGCUAGGAUUAUAUUGUUGUCGGCACAGCAGGAAGAAAGUAGCAUUUCAUCAACGUUGCAUGAAUCGAGUGGAAAUGCAGCCUUUGCUGAUACGACCAGCUGUCAUUUGCAGCCAGAUUCCAGUGAAUGUUCAGAGGCUGUGCCUGAGGGCCCUGCAGAAAUGCUGCUUCUUGAUGAGGAUUCUAUGCUGGUUACCCUGAAAACCAUCCGUCACAUUCCUGAGGUUAUCAGCCCCCUAACAAGCCCCGCUCGACCCCUGAAGAAAAGUCCAAGGCACGGGUGCCCAGGCAAGCCACCAUAUGUAAGGAGCUUAGACAAGGAAUUAUCUGGAAUUCUUAAAAGCGUCACUCCUCCAGAAACAAAAAUUAUGGAUGUGAACAAGGAGAAUCAGGAGCCGGAAUGUAGCCCUCUGGAGGAGACAAAGGAAAGUGGAAGCUCCUCGUCGUCAUCUGUGAAGGAUGAAUUAGAAGAAGGAGAAAUUGUGAGUGACAGCGAGGAAGAAGAGAAGCAGGUUGUGAUCCCCUGUACUCGCCAGAUAAAAGAGAGUCCCGGGCUUGGGAAGAAACCAAGCAGUCCUAAGGCUAGAACCGCAGCUAAGCAGGUCAAACCAGCAGCUUCUCAAGGCAACACUGCGAAGAAAAGCAAAGCCAACUCAACAGCAGUAAAAAACCCUCAGUCCCCCUCAAACAAAUCCCCUUCAAAUAAGAGACGCUCUCAAACUGUUAUGACAUCUUUGUCAAACUCAGAUCCUUCCUCUAUACACGAGGUUAUGGACAUGCUAAAGUUUAUACGCAUGCAAAUAAGGAAAAAGUACAUGAAGCUGCACAAAAGCUUUCCGGCAAAAACAUUCUACAACGUCAUUGAAAUGUCCCUUUUGGAGUUCACAGAGUUUGUUAAGAAUCUAAACUGCUCCAAACUGUCCAACUCGGAACAGAACUUGAAGUCCAAACUCUGCAAGAUCAUUACAGCGAUGCUGAAGCAGAUUUCCAACAACGGCAUUGUCAAUCGCAUCUUUGAGCAGAAGGCUCCCAAUCUCAAAAGCAAGCUCUGGAUCUUUGUGGAGCAGCAAUUUGACUUCUUGUUCAGAGAACUCCAGGCUGCUCUGAUUAGUCUGUGCGAAUAUGCUGAUCUAGGACAACCUUCAGAUCAGAAGGGCAAGAAGGAUAAAGACCAUACGAGGAAAGAAAAUAAGGAGGACACGAAGACGCCGAUCAAAUCGCCAAAGACACCAGUCAACAAAGCAAAGAGGAAAGCCUUAGAAACUGAAACAAAGUCUGAUUUGAAAAAGUUAUUUAAGUCCCCAAACUUGAAAUCUCCAAAGACUGGCUUAGGAAGCAGGGGCAAAAACCUAAAUAACUACAAGGCCAAUAAAGCAAAAAAUAAUAUAGAGUCAUCGACUAAAAUUUCCAAACAAAACCCUGGCUUGUCUACUGUUAAUACAUUAAACACAGUGGAAUUGCCUAAAAAAGAUGUUGCUCCCACAAUAGACCUAGCCACCUGUACCCCAAGAAAACCUUUAAAUGUCCCUGACAAAUCAGAUUUCAGUUUUGAAAUUUUAACAGAGCAGCAGGCAUCCAGCCUGACUUUCAACUUGGUCACAGACUCUCAGAUGGGGGAGAUCUUUAAGUGUUUGCUGCAGGGGUCUGACCUGCUGGAGCAGAGUGCUUCUGGCGGGGACAGCCACAGCUGGCUGGUUGGGACUCCUCGGAAGGCAGCUCCUGGUGAAGAGAAGCUGUUCAUGCUGCCCACCCCGAGCAAGGCUUUAACACCGAUGAAAGUCCCAGCCUCUACCCCUUGGUCUGUUAUCAGUCCUGAGAAAUUCCCUGCUUUUGGUGGUAGAAUCGGACUACCACUGAACCCAGCUGCAUUAGAUGAGAGCUGUAUGUUGGAAGUCCCUUGUGCUAAUUCGAUGGAUACAGAAGCCUCAUGUGCCUCCCUUCCACAGUGGUCAAUCUCUCAUUCUAUGUUGACAGAAGAUCUGGCGGUUUCCCUCACUAUCCCUUCCCCACUAAAAUCAGACAGUCACCUGAGCUUUUUGCAGCAACAACACAGGGAGGUCAUGGCUGUUCCGGAUAGCGUCCUUAGUGCCCCUUAUACUGAAGAUGCCUUUUGUGAUGGGGAGGAAGCCACUGAGCAGGACAUCCACUUGGUGUUGGAUUCAGACAACUCCAGCAGCAGCUCCGAUAGUAGCACCACCUGGCCCAGCCAGGCCAUUCCACCUGGCUUCCAGUUCAAACCCCAUUUGCCAAUGCAGGCCGUAGUUAUGGAACGAUCCAAUGACCACUUUAUUGUUAAAAUCAGACACACUUCUACCAGUGCCCCCUCAGAAACGGAGCAGAAGUCUCUGAGCAGUGAGAGUAAGUUACUUGAACCCUCUGAAGAUCAAGAAAUGCAACCGUACACAACAGUCGCGGCUGCAGCUGUGGCAAUUUGCAAUGGGACUACUGUCAAAACGGUCAUAAACGCUUUAUGUGAUGACACAGAUUUGCAUUUAGGUAAAGAGAGUUCGUCAAAGGUUUUAGAUUCAAUGAAUAGUCCAGCUUCUAAUCAAUAUACUAGGACAUUAUCAGGAACUGAGGAGGACGAUUCUUCUGAUCAGGGGGCUUCUCAGAACUGCUCGCUACUGAUUGGGCGAUCCCAAGACCACAGUGAGGCUGAGCAAUGCGGUGGCGAGCUCUCGGGCAGCAACAAGCGGAAGAGGAGCCAUUCUGAGCCCGCUGCCAAGAAACCAAAGAGAGACACCACCCCCGUCUGCAAAGGCAAGAAGAAAAAGAAAAGGAAUUUUGAAGAAAGCAGUUAUUCUAAAAAAGGACGAAACCCCCCCAGCAUAAAGAAGUGUAGAAAAUCCUUUCCUGCACCAUCACCCAACAGCCUGUCAGCCAAGAAUGUCAUCAAAAAGAAAGGAGCGGUUUUGGUAGCAUGGACAAGGGAUGAUGACCGGGCUAUUCUGGUUGACAUCAAGAAGCAAGGAGCCUCUGAAGAAACCUUUUGCUCACUGGCCUCCAGGUUAAACAAGUCUCCAUCUCAGGUUUAUGAGAGGUUUGGCCAGCUGAUGAAACUGUUCAAGAAGACUGAAAAAAUGAACAGCUGAAAAUCUGCAUUGGACAGUGCUUUAUUUAGUCGAUGAACUAUGUGAAAAGCACAGUUUGAAGGUAUAUGUACAAUACAUUCACAUAAAAUAAAAAGAAUGUGUUGGCUCAUACCUGCAGGUAAAGAACUAGGCAGUGUGCCUCUGUGCUCCAACCCUCUGCAUUCCAGUGGUGUGUGUAGAGAAGAACAUAAACACCUGGCGAGUAUGCAACUGAGAUCCAGAGAGGCACUGGAUCCAGGUGUUAAUCACACUGCCAGGGGCCUGUCUGCAUUAGUGAUGAGGAUAGGCUACAGACCCAAAGCUGCUUAGGGACACACAAGGGGUGAUAGCCAGUGGGAGCUCAAGCAGUCCCAUUUUAUUUUCUCCUGCUUGUGGUUGGUCUUUGAAGCCUAAUUAUGAAAGAGUUUUCAGUUUAAGGGUUACUUAACUAGUUACUAGUAUUUACUGAAAAUGAUAACCUAACAUUUUCUCUGUCCUCAGAUAAGAUUCAGUAGAACCUGAAUUUUACGAACACCAUGUACUGGAUACAUUAUUGGUACUGUAAUUUUGCCAGCACGCUUUAUCAAAUCAGCAGCAGCAGCAGCUUUGCGUACGAUGCAUCUGUUUUUAGCCUCCUUUGCAAGUUGUUGGAUUUUUUUUUCUUGGCCUUUUUUUUUUUAAUAUCGCUACCAUAAAUAAAAAUUAGUUUUCUUUGAAUUGAAAGUAUAACACAUUUGCGUUUCUAACUUCUUUCCAUUUCAGUAGGAUAACGCUGCACUUUUUAAAACUGGAUUGUGGUUGCUGUAAGCAUGGUUGAGUGAUUUCAUGCUUCCAGUUAAAAGGGGGUUCAGUUAACUGGUCAGUUCAUGUUUGGUGUUCAUAACUGAGGUUCUACUGUGUAUUUUUAUUUUAAAAAUCCUGGGUCAUAAAUCAGAUGAGGAAUUAAAACCAUACAUACAUACAUUAUUCCUCAGCCACUUUCUGCAUGUCCAUUGUUUCUAUCCACGCCAAUCCUGAUUGCCAGCAAGUAGGACUGGAAGCUAAUUCUCUGGUUCCUGAGCUGCAAUAAUGGUGUCGACAUUUGACUGCUGUAUGCCAGCGAAAAUGCACCUAACUUCUGUUGUUGGCUUUUGCAGACAAUUCAUUGGUGCUCAGAAAUUUGAGUUUUCUGGGAAUUUGAGUUUUUGCUAAUACACUGAAAAAAAAUAAAUAAAUAAAAAGUGAUUUUCCUAAAAUUAACUAAUGUGCAUAGCAGAAAAGAAUUAUCUACACAUUUGGCCAGUAUUUGUGUGUUUACCCAGCUGAUUUAUACAUCAGGAUGCAUAAAUAAAAAUAGCAAAAGAAUCUUAAUUAUGUUGAAAAAUUGCAUGAUUUUAUGGGGGGAGGGGCUUGGGCAUAAAGACUUGAAAUUUAAAAAUGAAUGGUUGCAUUGGAUUAGACAUUAUUGGGUACUGUAUUCUGUGUGUAAGAAGAUUUCUUGCAGACCUCAGUUGUAUCCUCUUCCAGUAUUGACUUCAUGCACAGCGGAGCAGUGCACCAGUAACUGGAAAUUAAAGAACUCAAAUGUAAUACAAUUAUCUGUCCAGAAGCAAGUUCUACCUCGGUAGUCACUGGGAUCCCUACAGUAAGACGGUGUAAAACGUUUUGAGAAGUUAUGCUAAUGUAACAGGGCACUUGGUAAAUGUAUGCAAUAAUUGUAUAAUUGAUUAGAGGAGAUAAAUUAAUUGGUGAUCCCCAUUUUCAGUUAAACAUGUGUCUUUUUAAAACACUGUACAGUUUUAGAAAAUGGCUGUGAAGCAUAGAUGAAAGAACCCAUCCACCAAUAUUGGGGGAAUUCAACAGAAUUAAACUGGAUUUUAUUGAUUUAUUUUUUUGUUACACGCCCCCCCCCCGCCUUUCUUGUACAGUGUUUUCUAGACAUAUGCAUUGAUGUACUGCGGUCAGUAUAAAGCAAAGAUUUCAUUCAAGGUGUCAAGAUUUUCUGCUUCGUACUGGAUGAUUAUUUGCUAAUGUAAAAAGCUGUAAAUGUAGGUUUUUUUGUUUUUUCUUACUUUUUAAAUUUUUAUGAUGACCUUGUUUCUACUAAAUCUGGCUACAAGUAAAACAUGUACAGUUUAAGUUGUAAAUAAUUUCUUAAUUUAUUUUUCCUUCCAUUGUGCAGAGUAUUCUAUGUAUUAACAUAUCCAAUUGUAAUGUUGAUGUAGUCUUCUUAAAGGCACAGAAGUCAUCAUUGUCCAACUUUCAUAUAAAGU